AUGAAUUUACCUUAUCUUCAUCCAGCAUAAUAAAUUAAUUAGGAUUCAGCUCCCAAAGAAACUCUUUAUGUCACUGGACUUAAUGAUAAAAUUAAAUUAGAAGAUCUUAAAUUUGUAUUAUAUAUUCUCUUUUCUUAAUUUGGAGAAGUCUUAUAGAUUGUAAUGAAAAAAACAUAAAAAUUAAGAGGUCAAGCUUUUAUUGUAUUUUAAAAUAUUACUUAUGCCACCAAUGCCAAAUCAGCUCUAUCUGGAAUGAUUGUUUAUGAUAAACCUCUUGUAUUUAUAUCUAUUUAUUUAGAUUAUUGAAUUUGCUUAUAAGAAAAGUGUUAUUUUUGAUAGAAUGGAAGGCAAAUUUUAUUACAAAUAGAAAUAAUAAAAAGAAUUGUAACCAACCUUACCUACAGAUUUGAUCAAAGAAAAAAAAUAAAAAAAAUUAGAAGACAAAUUGCAUAACAAUAAUGUUUUCAAUUAAGGAGAAGUUAAUAAUGUGUUAUUGAUAGAAUAAUUACCUCCAUUUGUCAAUGAAACUAUGUUAUAAGAGUUAUUCAGACAAUAUCCCGGUUAUUCUCUAAUUAAAUUAAUUAAUGCAAGAGGUUUGGCCUUUGUUGAAUAUUAAAAUGAUGAACAAGCAACUGUAGCUUUAAAAGGACUUAGUAAUUUUAAAAUUACACCAGAGUGUUAACUCAAAGUAAAAUAUGCAAAAAAAUGAGAAG